AACUCCGUCAUACCGUUAAAAAAGAAUAGAGUCAAAACAGGAAACAAAGUAAUCAUCCUUUUCCACUGCUCAUUCUGCCGCCGACAACACUGCCGUUGAUCCUUUUUCCCAUCUCCGCUUCCCUUGUUCCUUCUGCCCUCACUGCGGCCAGUGCUGCGUGUCCGCCGCCGCUUCCAGUGCUGCGUGCAUCCCCUGCCGCCGCUGCUAGUGGUGCAAAAUCUGAAAAAAUGGCGUUGAACUUGCGAUCUUCGAGGAGACUUUCAACAUUUCUUAAACCUCAUUUCCUAUACUCUUCAACAACUUCCUAUUCUUCAAAGUCUUACCAAUCAAGGCCUGCACUUUUGGCGCGAGUUCUCCAUUCCUACCGUUCUAGUGCUUCUUCGAGAGAUUUAUGCUUUCGUCAUUUGGAUCAUAAUGCUUAUUCUCAAGGUCCUGCUGCCAUUGAUUACAGUUCUCUUCUACAAGAAGAUGAAUUCCACAAACUUGCUGAUUCCACAAUCCAUGACCUUCAAGAGAAAUUCGAGGAAUAUGGAGAUAGUGUCCAAGUUGAUGGAUUCGACAUAGAUUAUGGGAAUGAGGUGUUGACUCUUAAGCUCGGAGAUUUAGGCACCUAUGUGCUGAACAAGCAAACACCCAAUAGACAACUUUGGUUGUCUUCUCCAGUGAGCGGUCCGUCCAGAUUCGAUUGGGAUCGGAAUGCUAAAGCUUGGAUUUACAGGCGGACGAAAGCAAAACUGUUGAAUGUUUUUGAAAGUGAAUUGGAGCAACUAUGCGGUGAACCUAUCAAACUUGCAUAGUUAUAGCAAAUCCUCUGAUCCAUUCUGUGUUUUUUUUCUUGUACAUUUUUACUAAAUUACUAUUCUCUAGGUUUUCUUGUUUGAUUUAGCAUCUUUACAUAAAGCUGAAAGCAAAUGAAUAUCAAGUUCCAUAUCAUAUACAUGAAUAUGUACAUCUCAUUGAAGUUUUGAUUAUCUUGUUUUUUA